GUUGAAAACGCUUACUAUCAAUCCCCAAUUCCCAAACCAUUGCCGCUCGAGAAGCUCGACGCAUUGCCGCCAAAGCUGCUCUCGUCACGAUGGCCUCCAACAAGGAUAAUCAAUCAAAAAAGAAAGGCCAAAAACAUGAACCUAAAAAAUGGAGUUGGGAUGAGAUGGCUGAAUAUGCACAGUUUGAUGAUGAAGUACUAGGAAAAGGGUCAUCUGCGGUGGUGUACGGAGGAUACAAGGGUCAAGAAAAAUAUGCAAUUAAGGUAAUUACAUGGGACCCACCUAAGAAGAAUGAAAACAAUCCUGCUCAGCGAAAGGCUAACCUCCAGUCUCAAUGGAAGAAUGAAGUGGCUUAUCUCAGCAACAACAAGUUAUUCCAUAAGAACAUUGUGAAGCUCAUUGCAUAUGGCCAAGAGAAAGAACAUAUAGUCAACGGGCAUAAACAAGAGUGUUGGUUCCUUGUCUAUGAACGCCUGCAUUGUUCCUUGGAAAAACAAAUCAAAGAACUUACUUCGAUGCAGGUGUUGAAGAUUCUGAAAUCGACAGCAGAGGUCUUGCAUUUCUUACAUGAAAACAAUGUCAUACACAAUGAUUUGAAACCAGAGAAUCUAUUACUUGACAAGGACUUCAACAUCAAGUUAGCAGAUUUUGGAGGAGCAACAAGCUCAGGCAAGUAUGCUGACCUCAAUACUCUGGGAUAUCAUUCAGCACGUAGUCAACUAAGAGAAGAUCUCAUUGUAGCUAUAUCUGUUUCCAUGGCAGCAAAUGCAACACCUGCAGGUGAUGCAUACAGUUUUGAUGUGUGCAGCCUUCAACUUCUAAUGAGGAUGGAAAAGGAGGAACACAUUUUAUAUGGAGAUUUGGGAUUGAAGUCACAUCCGUACUUGGCAGUGGGAAAGUUGAUUGAAUAUUGUUCUGAGCAUGAGUUUGGUGUUGUCUAUGAUCUUAAACCACGAGAUACUUUACGAAACUUUAUACUCAGAGCUCACAUUUUGCUUGAUCAGGAGUACAACCCCGUAGUAUGUGAUCUUAGCAUGAUGUCUGAGGGUGUCCUUCGCGACAAGAAUAACUGGUGGCGGCCAGCUUUCCUUGGGUCCUAUGGUUACAUUGAUUGGUGUCAUGAACCACACAAAAUAGAAAAAGCUUUGGAAGUACGUGAAGGAGACUUGGCUUCUUAUGAUUCUUUCAUCGCCGAGCUAUCCAAUGUUAAUGUUCCACGGUUUGAACCCCCACUUUGGCUACGUGAGGAACCCCUAAUGGCAGAUGAGUGGAUAAAGGAAGCAUAUGAAGGAUGGAAGUCAUCAUCACAUUCUGAGGAAAAUUUUUCAGUUGUGCAUGAAAGCUUGAAGAGGGACCAAGAUUUUAGACCAGCUUUGGGACAUCAAAUCACAAUGCUAGCAAUUAAGUGUAUAGCUAAAUGGCGUGAUCGCCCAACAACAAAGGAACUCAUUAUGGCUUUGUCUGGAUUGGAGGAAGUACAGCAUCUUUAUGGGCAUUGGGAAAAAGAAGCUGUACCUUUAGACUUGUUAAAUUAAUUCGUUAGAUGCAAAGCUUCCUAACAUUAUUUGGAGGGAGAGCCCUCACAUUGAAGGCAUUAAAAUGCCUUUUGGGUUUAAAUUUUAAAGUUGAUUUCAAAUUUUUAUUAGAUAUAAAUUUAAAAGUGCAAG